AUGGGUGAAGAAAGUACUAAUGGGGCAGAACACAAGCUAAACAGCACUGUUUUUCUCAAAGAACUGUUUCCAAACCUGACACAGACAACCAGAAAUCGCUUCGCUCGGGCCCACAAAUCAAACAUAUCAAACCUCCCUCCAAGCCCGAGAAGCCCGCCGACAGAUUCAGACUGUUCUCCGACGCCCGCCGAGUCUUGUAGACUGACUCCAAGCCACAAGCACCCCGCCGACUGGUCGACGAGGUCAGUAGAUCGAGUCAAGUUAUCUCAUGCCCCUUUGCAGCUCCAUCGAUGCAAAGGGGCCUGUUCCCUGCUUUCUGACGACCGGCCAAGUGUUAUAGCCUCCCUCCAAGCCCGAGCAGCCCGCGGACAGCCUCAACCACCCUGCCGACUGGUCGACGAGCCUCCCUCAAAGCCCGAGCACCCCGCCGACAGGUUCAGACGGUUCAGACUGUUCUAUGACGCCCCACCUAGUCUUGUAGACUGCCUCCAAGCCACAAGCACCCGGCCGACUGGUCCACGAGACAACUAG